ACUCAUAAAAAAUGAACCACACACGCUCGAUGUCAUUGUCUUUAGACACCUAUAAAUUAGUACAGCUACAACGGGACAAGGUGUAAGAUGUUCAAAAUGGAGCUAAUCAGUCUAUUAAUUGGACUGAUUUUGUUAGGGAGUGGAACGUGUCAAGUCUUUGAUGGUCGUGAAAUAUCAAGCGAAGAUGAUUUAACGGCCAGUGCUGCAACUCUCUUCGGACCGAAAUUAUUUGGAAUUCGCAGUGCAAGGCUUGGAAAUUUUGGACCAUUUGGUUAUGGCGGUAUUGGUGGAAUGAAAUUGGGUAAAAUCGGCCCUUUACACUAUGGCCACAUUGGUGGCAUACAUGCGAACAGUUUUUUGGGUGCAUCGAACCCAAACGCAGAGGAGGACGAAUCUCCUGGUGGUACUGGGACACCGUCUGGAGGGAGCCAAUACCACGAAAUCGUCGGCAAUCCUAUGCAGAAUGGCCUAGGAAUUGACGAUCACGAAAACAUCGUUGGAAUGCAACAAAACUGGCAAGGAAUUGAUGGUCCAAGUAAUUUUGGAUUGGAACAAAACUAUCGAGGUAUCGAUGAUCAGGCCAACUUUGUUGGAAUGCAACAAAAUUGGCAGGGAAUCGAUGGUGCAAGUAAUUUUGAAUUUGAACAAAACUAUCGGGGAAUCGAUGAUCAGGCUAACUUUGUUGGAAUGCAACAAAAUUUGCAAGGAAUUGAUGGUCCAAGUCAUUUUGGAUUGGAGCAAAACUAUCGAGGAAUCGAUGAUCAGGCCAACUUUGUUGGAAUGGAACAAAAUUGGCAAGGAAUCGAUGGUCCGAACAUAGUCGGAAUGUACCGAAAUUAUCACGGAUUCGAUGGUCAACAAAACAUGCUUGGUAUGAACCCUAAUGAACAAGACGCGUGGGAGCUCGGACUUCAACCACAAAUGCCUGAGAACUCCAGAGCCUUUCUGAACGAUGGACUAUUUGGUGUCAAAAGCGGCAAACUUGAUAAAUUUGAGAAAAUUCCAUCGUUACCAUCACCACCACCGUUACCAUCACCACCACCAAAGUUUCCUAAACAUCCUCCAAAGAUACCACCUCCAUCUCUGCCUCCUCCACCGCCACCACCACCAACUCCUCCACCACCUCCAACUCCGCCACCAAAUUAUUACGGAGGAUAUGGAGGCUACAGCCACGGACAUAGUCAUGGCACUAAUCAUGCAAGCGGUCUUUAUCGUCGUUAUGGUGGUCAUCAUAACGGUCAUAACAGUCACGGCUUCAACAAAUUUGGAAACCAUCACAGUCAGGGUCAUAGGCAUGGAUUUAGCAAAUACGGCGGAAAAGGUCAUAGCGGUCAAUUCUUUAGGAGCGAUGCACAAGAGUUUGAAGGAAAUGCACCGCAAGGCUAUGAAAUGCACAAUCAAAUGCAGCAACUGUACGAGGUACCGAAUUUCAGAUAAAUAAUGCGGUGCCACUACCAGCAACAACAAAUUAUUGUCAACCCAAUCAACCGAAUAUCAUCGUUAUAUUGUAUCAUCCAAGUCCACAAUCGCGACAGUCAUCAUCAGCUAGAUCAUCAGUCGACGAUGUAUUAACCGGACUCGAAGACAUUGGCUUCGACUUUGAAUUUCGAGGUUUAAUUGAAAAUGUUUUUCUAGCACCAUAUCUGGGAGUGUUAGAUCCAAGUGAUUUGAUGGAUGAUGAAGAUGAUGAUGAUGCGUUGUUGUUGCUGUAAAAGUUUCCUUUUGUUGAUAAUAAACUUUUUCUAUUUUACGA